CGCGCGUCUCCGCCACCCAAAUCCCUCCGCUCCCACCCAUAAACUUAUCCAAAACCGCCCGCCCCAUCCCCGCUCCAGCCCCCGCGCACAACGCGAUCGCCCCAGACUCCCCGCGCUGCUGCAGCAAUGCCGGCCCUCGGGACGCUCUCCGCCGGCGGCGCCGCCGCCGGCGUCGCCGGCCUGCUCCGCCUCCGCCGCGGCCCCGCCCUCGCCUCGCCCCUGCCGGCCGCCGCCCGCGCCGGCGCCGUCCACGACGGCGCCCAGCUCGUCUGGGGCCGCCAGCUCCGCCCCGCCCUCGUCCUCCCCGCCGGCCUGCUCCCGCUCCAGGCCUCCAAGAGGCUCACGCUCCGCCCGCCCGCCGCCUCCGCUGACCCCGCCGGGGAGGCCAAGUCGGCAGGGUUGCUGGAGAAGUACCCUGCAAUCACCACCGGCUUCUUCUUCUUCAUGUGGUACUUCCUGAACGUGAUAUUCAACAUCCUCAACAAGAAGAUCUACAACUACUUCCCCUACCCAUACUUUGUCUCCGUGAUCCAUCUACUUGUGGGGGUCGUGUACUGCCUCCUCAGCUGGGCCGUUGGUCUCCCGAAGCGCGCGCCGAUCAAUGGAACGCUCCUGAAGCUGCUCUUUCCGGUGGCACUGUGCCAUGCUCUUGGUCAUGUCACAAGCAACGUGUCCUUUGCUACUGUUGCAGUCUCGUUUGCCCACACUAUUAAAGCUUUGGAGCCCUUCUUCAAUGCAGCUGCUACCCAGUUUGUCCUUGGACAGACAGUUCCCUUGUCUCUGUGGUUGUCUCUUGCCCCUGUUGUGCUUGGUGUUUCAAUGGCAUCCCUCACUGAACUGUCGUUUAGCUGGAAGGGUUUCAUCAAUGCUAUGAUCUCUAACAUCUCGUUCACUUACCGGAGUAUUUAUUCCAAAAAAGCCAUGACUGACAUGGAUAGCACCAACGUGUAUGCUUACAUCUCAAUAAUUGCUCUAGUUGUCUGCAUACCACCUGCACUUAUUAUUGAAGGACCACAACUAAUGCAGUAUGGAUUAAACGAUGCAAUUGCAAAAGUAGGUCUGACAAAAUUUGUAUCAGAUCUUUUCCUGGUGGGAUUGUUCUACCAUCUCUAUAAUCAGAUUGCUACAAACACUUUGGAGCGGGUGGCCCCUCUGACACAUGCUGUUGGCAAUGUGUUGAAAAGGGUUUUCGUCAUUGGUUUCUCUAUCAUCAUUUUUGGCAACAAAAUUACCACACAGACUGGAAUCGGAACUUGCGUUGCAAUAGCUGGUGUUGCCAUCUACUCGUACAUCAAAGCUAAGAUCGAGGAAGAGAAAAGGGCGAAGGCUGCGUGAUGAGGUGACUGCUGUGAAUAUGGUCUGAUGGUUUCCGGUGCUGCAUUGCCCCGGAGAUGACAUGGACGAAUCGCUUCUUCGUUAUUUGUUUUUUGUUUUUCAGUUAUCUGCUAAAGUGUUCCCUUGUGAGGUCGAACAGCUACAUUGCAGAUGGUAAGACCCGUUGUUUCCAUCAGAUGAGAGAGCUCAGAUGUGCAGUAAUAAACGCUCGUACUUGUAAA